AUGGAGGCAAUUGCAGAAGUCGACAAGGCAGCUCGCGAGGGAAAUGUGCCACCUGGAAGCCGAAGACAAUCAACCCUGCUACACUCCAGACGAACAAGUCAAAUUAGUCUGGGCCCACGACGUUCCAUUGUCGGUCCUCGUGGUAGUCUGUGGGGUGCAUUCCGUAGUGGAUUUCAAAAACCUGUCAAAUAUGAAAACACAUAUCGCAUGGAACCGAAAGAACAGGAGCGUGUAAAACACAAAAAGGUAAGUUGA